CAGUGUCUGAACGCGGAAGUUGGUCUUCCCGGCUCUGCUAGAAAAAAACGAUUCAACAACAGUCGUUUUAUUGUGUUUCCACUAAAAAUCCUACGAAGUACUGACAGUAAACUGUUUAUUUCUUCACCCUUAGAGGUUUACACGUCGGUCACAGCAGUGCGGAAAUGGCGCCUCUUUAAGUUUAGGAGGUGUGGCGAUAGAUGAACCAGCUCGGUAAACUUUUAGCUUCUUUUCCGUGGAUGCUAUAAACUGUUUUGCAAGAUGACUGUAACCGAGCAUUUUAAGAUGAUCUUCAAAGUUUUCAGAGAUGUCGAUCCUGUUUUCACUAGCGGGAUUCUCACGGUGGUUCUGUUGUCGUGUGCUUUAUUCGGCAUCCAGACAUUUUUCAGUUUAACCCAGGGCGCCUUCAGCGUAGGUGCAAGUGUUUUCCUAAACGGACACCUCCACAGGCUCUUUAUUUAUCCCUUUUACCACAGAACCUUUCUUCAGCUCAUCCUGAACAUUGGAGCCCUGGUGUUUCUCAGUGGUAGUUUGGAGAAAGGCGUCGGCACGGUCCGGUUCCUGUUCUUGUUCUUGCUGCUCUCCUCCUUCACAGGUUUGUUCUACAGCUUCCUGGACCUCCUGCAGGAUGAGAGCAUCCAGGGUCACACCGAGGGUCUGGUUCCUGUGACUCUGGCCUGUGUGGCUCUCACUACCAUGCACACAAAGAUGACCAAAGGUUUUCUGUGUGGAGUCAGUUUCCCCACCAUGGCUCUCCCCUGGGUGUUCCUCAUCAUCACCACUGCCUUGAUCCCUCACUGUGUGCUGCCCUGUAAUGUCAUCGCCGUCCUGAUUGGGUGGCUGUAUGGGAAAGGGUGGUUCUCUCUUUUGGACAUGUCUGAGACCAGGGCUGGACUUCUGGAGAAGAUGAUGCCUUUCAGGUUGUUGAGGAGCAUCAGGGGUGUUACGUUUGUUCCUGCUUCCACAGAGGAGAGGAGGAAGACCCUGCUUCCACAAAUCAAUCCCACACCUGGGUCUUACCCGGUCCAGGCUUAUGCCCCGUUGUCCAGCAUUAACAGUGCCAACAGCACAGCCAUGAUGUAUGAAGGCUGGCCACAGUCAACCGGUGCUAUCUCCAGUCCCACACCUCCCCUGAAUCUUCAUGGACACGCCACAGCACAUGGCUUUGGAUUAAGUCACGGACACAGCUGCAAUCACGGUCAUAGUCAUGGUUGACAAGUGGUGGCUAUUUAUAUGACUUCUUCACAACAUUCCAGCCAUAACGAUAAGCCUUAUUCUAUCUGUACUACUGUAUUUUUCACUGAUGCACAUCAGUGAGCUCUGCCUGCAUGUGUAAUGACAUUUUUCUGAGUGUUUAAAUAUUAUGGGUGACUUUUAUACAUUUAAAAAAGUAUUUUAAAAAAAAUGCUAUUAAACAUGUAAAUCUCUUUAAAAACUCAUACUUUGAACAGUAAGCUGCAUGUGGUGCAGAAAGGCAGCAAACAUCCUGUUCUACAUCCAGCCCUGGAGCAGGACCACAGAUUAAAAAAACAAAAAACAAAAAAAAA